CAUUGUGUACGCGCAGUACGACGGCGGGUGUCUCAUCGCUACCUACGUCGGUGGUACCGUGAACGAUCGGGUGACGCGUUCUUACGUAUUUCGUCUAAACGACGGCAAGGAGAGUCAGAUCAUCGACCGUUCAUAGUCCACGGUCCACGGCGCCGAGGAAGGUAUUCAUCCGAAAGGAAGGGAUCCUCCGCGACGUCGCCACGCGACGGAAAUAACAUCGUCGCAGGGAGCUCGCGAGGGAGAGGGAACAGGAGAGAAAGAGGGAGAGAGAGAGAAAGAGAUAAGGAUUGGAGACGCAACUCACGCAACUCCAAGGAGCGCGAAACAUCUGAUUGUUUGACGCGAACGCGUGAGCUCCGCAGUCGAAAACCUCAUCGGGAAGCGGUCAGAGUCAGUGGGUCCUUGCAGCGUGAGAGGUUAGGUGGGAUGUCCGAGAGCGACAUCGUUCUCUAGGGUAAAUACGUGCGAGACGUGAGGAUAUGUAGAGACACGAUGAUCUUUAACAUCCCGAGUGCGCAAGCUUGCAGAAGAGACGAAUUGUGGAACUUAAGAGGCAAGAAUCGUCAACGCGUAGUGCAAUAAACGUGCAUCUUGAUGAAGAGAUGCUCGUUGCUACGGCAUGUUAAACUACCAAAGAUUGUGCGGUGCUAGGUUGUUGUAUUUACGCGAACUCUUGUUGCAAUUGUAUUGAGGUGUUAGGCUAAAGAGUGGAAUGAGUUACAGCAAUUUCGGCCGAGGAAGGGGCUACCCGCAGGGUACACGUGCCGCGCGUCGCUUCGGUAGGCCCCGAUUUCCACGUCCACCCUUCCGACAUGCAGCACCUCCACCGAGGCCAGGACAUCCCGCGCAAUUCGGCGCGCCCUGGCAGCCGAACAAUAUGUUUUUUCAGCCCCAUACGCCGUUACGUGGCAGCCCGUCCUUUAGAGCAGACGGUAGGCGAAGGAGGUUCUGUAAUUAUGACGUACGAUUCCCUGCCCCUAAUAGAUUGCCUGCACCUCCGAAUUUCGAGGAGACUCCCGUGGUGUUAUUGGAAGAGCCGAUUAUGCAGGAGACCAAUACAAUUGAAAUUGUGCCACAACUUCCUUUGCUCGGCUCAGAAGAGGAGCGGCAACAGAAAAUAAUCGAAACAGCGGAUCGAUUAAAGCAGAAACUCUCUUCUUUUAACACCGAUGACAUCCCAGAUAUUUGGAAUGAAGAUGUACCAUCUAACAUUAUUGAGGACAAUACAGAGGAUAAUGACCAGAGACGUAUCCCUGCAGUAGGAUACAAAUCAUCUGAGAUCAAUUUGACGUACAAUGAUCUAAAGGACAUUGGAAAAAUAAAUCCUGAUAACACACAAUAUAUUGAGAAUGAAUAUGAUAUUACUAAUGAUACAGAUAUUAUUAAUAAUACAGAUAUUAUUAAUAAUAUAGAUAGCGACGUAAUGAUAUUAGACGAGAACAAAGAUGAAACUCAUUUAAUGAUACCUAACGAUCAAAUGACAAAUCUAGAAGAUAUACCAGAUGAUAACCAAUACAUGGAAGUGGACAAGGAAUGGAUUGAGAAUGGACAAGGAGUGGACUGGGGGGAGCUUCAAGAGCCAGUUGAUAAUUUUCAGAAUUUGGAACAACCAGACCUACACACAGAUAACAUUAUUGAAAAUGAAUUACUAGAAUCAGACUUUCAGUAUCAGUAUGAUACACCACUGAUUAAUAUUUCACAAGAGCAAGAUGAUCAACAACAGGAUAUUUCACAAGGAAUCGAAAUAUAUCCCACAGAUGUUACGAAAGAACCAGAUGAGUCUGAAACACUAAAUUUACAAGCUGAUGUAUCAUUUCCAAUUGAUUCAACGGAUCAGGACAAUUUGCAGAAGGACGUAUCGCAAGACAAAGAGGAACUUUUUGAAAAUUUACAAGUUCAAGAAAGUGCUUUAAAUUCUCAUGUUCAUGCAGAAAAUUCAAAUAGCAGUAAUUGUACAUUGACACAAACACCAUUAAUUGAUACACCAGUAAGUAAUGUCACAUUAAAUAAUCAAUUGCCAAGAAUGAAGGAAAAUUCUUUUCAGAGUGGUCCACCAAAACUGUCUCCACAUACGGAGCAAGAGUUGCCCAUUGAUUUUGAUCCUACCACUCCACCGCCAAUAUUACUAAAACAAGAUCAAUCGGGUAUUUUGCCUCCAUAUUCAAUUCCUGAUUUACCAUUAUUCGAUCCCACUGAGCCACCACCAAAUAUGAAAUGUUUACUCGUGACAAAAAUGCCUCAUGAAGAUGCAAAUCCUCCAUGGAGUAAUGCUCAAAAUCCAAUACCUGCCGUCUAUAAUAAUAUGGAAGUUCACACGGGCUUAAAUACACAUGGAGGAUUUAUGCCUCAACAAUUACCAUUAGAAAUAGUCAAUCAAAGUAAUGUUUUUAUGCCAUCUCAUAUCGAUUCAGUAAAUUUUUCUCCAAUGUUUCCUAUGUUGCCCAGCAAUCCUGUUGUCAAUACACACGUUCCAUCAUUGCCUCAAGUACAUGCAGCGCCUCUUAACACUUGUGUGUCUUCAUCUUCUUUACCAGAGCUCUCUUCGUCCUCUGGUUUGCAUUGCAGCGUAAACAAAGAUGAUGGUUUAAACGACAUGCAGGAAGCUAUGAGAUUUGCAAUAGAAAUGACAAGUAUAACAGGAAAGACAGAUGAAGAAUCUAAAUCAAGUUCCAAAAGUUACAAAUCUCUUUCCAAAAGCAGUACCUCAAUUGAUCCUGCUAGCGAUGUAGAGUCUAUAGCACUGCCUCCAGGAAAGCCAAAAACCAAAACCAAUAAACAAAAAAAGAUAAAAGAAAGUGAUACGAGUAGCAAGAAAAAAAUACCUGAGGAACAAAGUACAACAGACUAUCCAUCAUCGGAAGAAACAAUACAAGAUGCAAAUGCGAAAUCUAAGGAUGCUACCGCGUUAAUGAAUGAAUUAGAGCGUCCUAAAGUAGUAUUUAAUUUGAAUAAUAAAGCGAAAGUAGUAAGUACCAAGUCAUCGUGGAAAGAAAAUAACGAGAAAAAAAAUGGAAUGACACAUUCCAUAGAACCAGAAAAAAUAUCUGUAACAAAAAUACCUUUCAUAGAACCAGAAAAAAUAUCUGUAACAAAAAUACCUUUCAUAGAACCAGAAAAAAUAUCUGCGACAAAAAUACCUUUCAUAGAACCAGAAACAAUAUCUGCAACAAAAAUACCUUUCAUAGAACUAGAAAAAAUAUCUGCAACAAAAAUACCUUUCAUAGAACUAGAAAAACCACCUCCAGCAAAAACAUCUCCCAUAGAACCAGAAAAAUCACCUGCAGCAAAAACACCUUCGAUAACUAAAAAGAAUUUAGAAAAUAUGUUAUUAAAGCAUAAAAAAGAAGAGAAGAAUUUGAAGAAAAAAGAAAAUAAUUCUGAGAAUGCAAUAUCAUCCGAGAUUGCAAACCAAAAUAUUAUAUUGCGUCAUAAAAAACCACAAAAAGAUGUCCAUAGAGAAAAAUCUCAACAUUCUAACGUUUCACUUCCGAAAGUCAACGUGCCAAAUUCCAGGAGCCGUGUAGAAAAGAACAAGAAUUUUAAAAUGGAUGCUUCGUGGAAAAAUAGGAUUAUUACCCGAUUCUUAAAGAUGAGUAAGAACGAUAUCUACAACAUGGUGAAUAACACUAGUCUUCGAAAGUUCGAUAUUAUAAUGAAGCGUCUAGUCAAAGAAAAAAAGCCUACAUUAUCCUUGGAGAUGAGACACGCACAGGACGAAAAGAUGAAACUAUAUGAUCAACAGGAAUUUAUGAAGCAAUUAAACGCGAUGUUGGACACCGACGCAAUCGUAUCCAUUAGGGAUCUACCUACAGAGUUUAUACAUCAUUUGAAUGAAGUACUACAAUUGGACGUGCAACCAGACAUUCAUGCCGAGUCCGCAGCAGCUUCGAGCAGUCAAUAUGGUCAUUUGGAAGAUACAAAUCGUACGUUCAAUCCCGUAAUAACCCAAACCCCAGAAUGCACGAAUAAAACAACAAUGUUGAAUGAUGUUAGUCAGGAAUGUGUAAAAAGCAAAAGUCAUGCGGUAAAAACGGGAUCUAACAAAAAUGUACCGGUACAUAGUACUAUAAAUAAUGAUCUUAAUUUAAAAGAUGACACUUGUAAUCCUAUUGUAACUAACGUUUCUAAUGUUAAUAACAGCUUGUUGACUCUACAACAUGAUUUGGAUGAUAUAUUUUCAGAAGUAACGAAGAAAAUUCAAACACCUGCGGCAGUAAAAGAACGUAAGCGUUGCAGUAUGGAGCAACAAAGUACAAAGAAAUUCAAUGUUGGUGCGAUUUCGAGGAUCAUGGAGAAAGAAGCAUUCAUGGAAGAUGACAGAACACACAGACUGGAAAAUAGCCCGCACUGGGACGAGAAAUGCGAUAGAUGGAAAAGGAAGGAACGAGAAGAUCCACAUGCAUAUAGAAAUCUUACCAAAGAAGAAUGGGAAGCAAGAUAUGGAAUGCAAACAGAUUUGACAGUCUGUAUUCCUUCCAAUUGUAUAGAUAGUCCAAAAAGGAUUGUUGUUACCAAGAGAGGACGCGGUUUAUUAAGUAGAGGACGCGGUGGAAAAGUUUAUCCACGACGUCGUUAUUCGUCUGAAUCUUCAAAACAACAAUUAAAUACAAGACACAGAAGUUUGGAAAAGGAAAAGCACAAAAAAUCUAGACGACAUAGUGACGAUAGAAAACAUACCACAGAAUAUUUAGAAUGUGAUGUCAAUCAGGACAGUGACAGUAGUAGCAGCAGCACUAGUAGCAGUAGCAGCAGUAAUAGUAGUGAUAGCACAAAUGUUACAAAGUUAUUGAGAGCAAUAAAAGAAAAUGAGAAGGUAGCCAAACAAAUGUCAUUGAACGAAGCGAUAAGAGACGAGGUAAAUGCCGAGAUUGAACGAGAACGGAAAUCGAAAAAAUCGCGGAAGACUUAUAGAAGCUCCAAGAGCCGAAAGCAGAGAAAAACACGUUAUAAAAAAAAGAAGAGACAAAACAAGGAAAAGAUGAGUUCCUCUAAUUCCUCCUCAGACAAAGACAAUGAUGAUAAUGAAACAACUGAUAGAUUGCUGACGGAAAAGGAAAUUAAGAAGGAAGUUAUAGAAAAUCAGAUUGUACAAGAAGUUAUUGUUAAAGAGGAACUAGACAUUAGUCAAGAGAAUACUAGAGACGCUGAAUUUAUAAAUGCUUCGAAUCAUCUCAUAACUAUGGAAAAUAAGACAGCACAUUUCUUCUCCACAUCGCAGAAUAGAGUAGAAUCUCCUUUAGCACAAGAAAUUCCGCUGACAUCUAUUAAUACCACGCAACUACAUGUUGAAGAGAGAUUGCCGAUAGGUUCCCCUACGCAAUUGAAAACUAAAGCGCAGCUGAAGCAGAUGCCAGAAACAUCCGAUAUGAAUGAUAACAAAGUUCCCUUAAAUGUAUUUACUUGCGUACCGGAAAAUUGGAAUGCUCCUAAUCCGGCGAGUUUAUCGGAAUGUACGGAAGAUCUAAAUAAAACCUGUGAAACACCUGACGCUAGCUGCAGUCAAGAUAAGGCUGUUUUGUCGACAAAUGACAAUGUAAUAGAUCAAAGCAGUAUCGCACAUGUAUCGGUAUGUAGCAGCGACGUUAAUGAAAAUGCGAUAUUGCAACAAUCGGACACAACAGCACACACUCUUACCGAAUCGUCUAUUAAAAUACAAGACAGUAAACCAGUAGCUAAAAUCUCAGCUACUGAUAACGAUACGUCAAAGGCAUCAACAGCUGCUAUGUCAGCAUCUUUGGUAUCAAGUGUCCCGCCUGCGAGUACUGCGAGUCCAAAGCAAGGUGGCAGCAAAAAGAUCAACAUAAAGACGUAUUACGAGCGCACCAUACAACGUCGUAUGAAUGAGAAAUUGGAACCGAAGAAGCCUACAGAAAAUCCUACGACAUCAACACAAAAUUUAAUUACACCGAAAAGUAUAGAGCCAGAAAUUGCGGUAAAUAAAUUUACAUUAAUAUCUACAUCGAGCAGCUCCAUUCAAGAUCCACGAUUAGCACCGAAACGUUAUGAAGAAAAUUCAAAUCGUACCGUCAAUAAUGAUAGCGUCGUUCAAAAAAGUAAUCAGAUUAAAUCAAAAGAUAAAGUAUCGCUUGCUACUAGCAGUGUCAAUGUAUUGCCCAACAUUGUAACGACAUCUAAGAGUGUAGCGUCUAAAACAAAGAAAUGCUCAGAAGUUAAGAACACUGCAACAGAUAAGACAUUACAAAGCAAAGUUGCGUCUGAUCCUAAACGAUUUAAAAAUAUUCGAUCGGAAGGUAGUAAAGAAUUGAAGCUGAAGAAAGAAAUGGCAAAAGAACAAAAAGCAAAAAAGAAGUCUGCGACAAUAUCAAAACCUGAUAAUUUAAUUUCAACAAAAAUAUAUUUUCCUUUGGAAGUGACAACAAACACGGAAGAGAAAGAAAAAAAGAUCAAUAAUAUUAGUGACAUGAACAAAGUAAAAAUUAAAGGAGUACAGUCGAUAAGUUCUCAAAAUAAGGUAAAUACUAGCAAUGUGAAAACGUCAACAAUUUCCUCUGGCAACGCUGAUAACGAUGGUAACGAAUUACCGCAUAAUACUAUUAAGAAAGAACGUUCUUUAAAUUUAGAAAUUCGUGAACGAGGAAACGCUGAAAAAACUGCAGGUAACAUUGAAAGCACUGAUACGCGCGAACAUUCUUCUAAGACAACGCGAGAUGAAACUCAUAAUAUAAAGCGUGCAAAGAAUACAACAAGUGUUAAGAUCGCGGAUAAAAAAGGCCAUAAAAAAAUUCGUAACAUCACUCCUGAACUCGACGUAUCGACAGCUUCUAAAAUUGCCCCGAAAGUUCCUGAAAGUAAAAUCUCAAAUAGCAUAGAAAAAAUAAACAAGGAUAUCUCAACUGAGAUUCAACAAUCUGAUACAAUCAAAAACAUGAAACUUUCAUUGAAUAACACGAAUGAAAAUCAAAUAAAAAAAUCAGAUCGAGAUCUGAUAACGGAGAGCACAAUUAAUCGUGAUAGCAGCAUUUCCGAAUUGGAUGCGGUAUCUCGAGUAGAUAGUAUCGAUAAACAAGAUAAACAAAAUUUGUUAGUAAAUAUUGAAACUAGCAGCAUUAAGGAAAACGAUACGAAAUUAAAUAUCCUUGAAGCUACAAAUAAAUCUGCGAGUGCGAAUAAGGAUAAUUCUCCGGGUAAGAAGAUCGCCGAGUCGUCGUCAACUUCGAACGAAAACUCUCAGGAACGGCAAAGCAUAGAGAACAACGUUGUUUCUUCUGACAGCGUAGGUAGUCCGUUUAAAGGCUUUCUUCAGGAAACUAUGAUGGACUUCGAGCAGCCUAACUUAUUCGACGUGAAUUAUGCGACGACAAGUGCCAAUUGCAAGGAUAUGAAGAUCGAAGGGCAGGAUUACGAAACGCUAGAACCUGGUACUGAUUACGCUAACGAUACGAAUAUCAAUGCCAACGAGAACUUUAAUAUCGCUUUUGAUGACAAUUUACUUUCUUCAGAUAAAGAAUGCAUAACGAAUGAGAAGAGCGAUAAAUCCGAUUUGACGACAAUGACGACAGAUGAAAACGAAGAAGGGCAUGUAAGAAAAUCCUCGAGCGAGAUAGUCACGACCAUGUUACACGAUGACGUCAACGAUAUCAACAUCGUUAGAGGUAACGAGACGGACAGGCAGUUGACCAUAAGCAAGGAAGGAUACACGUCUUGCGCGGGAUUAGUGAUUAAAGAAUCUAUGUUAUUAGAUAACGAGGAAGAAAUUAUUCAGAGCGAAGUUCGAUCGAAAGAUUUGAUAAGUAAGCUGAAAACUACAACCGAUCCCAGUUUAUCUGAUGCGUUAGAGGCAACGAUCUCGGAUGACGCAUUGAGAUUGCCGGAUUGCCAAAGAGAUUGCACAGAACAUCUCGACAACCAUAUUUACUUAGGAACUAAUAUAUCCGCAGAGAAAGCAUCCUGCGACAAAUUGCCGGACUUCGAUUCCGACGAGCAUCUAGAUAACGACAUAUUUUAUUUGGACGAUCCUUUGCAAAGCACUGCUACGUUCGACACCAAGGACGACGAAUGCGUGCAUUUUUCUGUUGAUCAACAACAAAGCUCAGAAUUCGACAUCAUACCGACGGUGAUUCCGGAAACGACAAUCAUUGCACCGUGCGCAGAUUUAUCGCGCAGCGAGAUAUCGAAAUCGGAGGGAUGUAAAUUCGACAUGAAGCAUAUUUCGUCAACGGAAAACAAUUUGCUCGCGGGACCGUCACCGAUGGAGUGUUCGCCGACCGAUUCGCCGAGGACUUUGAAUGUCCCAACGAAAGCUGCUUUGAAGGAGGCCGCGAAUCUCUUUUUAAAAUCUUCAAGUAACGUACCGACGACGACUAAAGAAGUAGCACUUGAAAUGUUAGACAAAACACAACAGAGCGAAAUCGAUAUAAAUUACCAAACGCCGACUUGGCGUGUGGAGGAACAAAACAAUCGAAAAUCGAGUACGCCAGAGAUUGAUAACAGUACGACUGUCACGCAAAAUGCUCACGACAAUAUAACCGUACAGGUUAACCUAAACGUAAACAAAAUACCGGCGCACAAUGGCACACGUAGUGAAUUAGUUGAAUCGGUCCGUAAGGAUGUUGGUGUUAAUGCUAAUCACGAUAAGUCCAUAGUAUCUCCGACUAACAUCGAGAAACGUCUUCACAAUAUGCAACGUGAGCCGGUUGUCGAAUUGUUAAAGAUGAAAGAAUUGGAUAAACUGUUGAAAAAGAGAAGCCAGGAAAAUUCCGAGAAAAUAAAAGAGAAAGUUCAUGAAGAAAAAAGAAGCCAAGAAACUUCCGCGAAGAUGAGAGAGAAAGAUUACGAAGAGCAGAAAAAACAUAAAGAUUCAGUUUUAUAUAGGUUAAAAGAUAAACGGCAAAUGAAGUAUCGAUCUAAAGAAACGCUGAGGAAGAACAGUUUGGUGAAGAGACUUAAGAAAAUGGAACGAUCUGGAAAAAUUGUCGGUAACACGAAAGAAGCUGUUUUGGCUAGAAUGUUGGAAAUUGAUCUCGAGAUUCACAAGCUAGUGACGGAGAAACUAAAGUUGCACGAAUUAUUACGAAGUAAUGUUCCGUCAAGUGAAAAAUCUAUGAUAAAUGACAGUGUGGUGUUAAGAACGGCAGAAAAUAAUACUGUUCCCGAUCAGUCUGAAAUGCCGUCAACGUCACAGAAUAGUGAAAUAAAUCAUGCUAAACAAGACAGACACGUGUCUCCGUCGAAGUCGCCGAAGCUGAUUAAGAGCAGAAAGAGAGCUUUAUCUUCGCAAGAUAAUGAGAAUACGAGUUACAUGCCUAGGUCGAAAACGCCGGUGAUUAGAUGGAAAAAGAAGCCACGACUAGAAUGGACAGUCAGACAAGAGAAAUACGAAGGAGGAGAUGAAGAAGAGGAUCUUAACAAAGUGACAAAGGAGCAGGUUUCGACUUCCGCGAGUAAAAAAAUAAAAAAUGGUAUUAUUGACACAUCUGAAAAUUUUCAGAAAUCGAACGCCGUAAAAAAUAAUAAAGCGCAAAAGGACAAAACCGCUAGAAGGAAGACUGACAAGGAGGCUAAUAUCAGUUCGAAACGCUCGAUUGAUUCAGAUAAAAGCGCAACGGAUAAAAGUGCGGAUGAGCGUUCAGAAUGUCGGGACUCUACCGAAGGCGAGACCGAACGUGCAAAACAUUUUGAUACUGAUAAGUCAAAUGAUAUUUCACCACCGAACGAAGUGGCAAAAGUAAAUUCUCAACCGUCGAACAAGCAUAUGCACAGCACUCCGGAAUCCUUGUCUAUAUAUACUGACGACAGCACAUGGGAUUCUCUGGUGCAAAAUACCGCGUCGGAGAUACAUAAGAAAGCAUCGGGUCUCGCUUUGCUAAAUGAGACUCUUAAGAAAGAGUUAGCUAUGUCGCAGAAGAUGAAAUCGAUGGUGCAAAAGAAAAAGAAGGAACAACUGGACAACAUCUUGAGGACGGUUAACAACUUAACGGGUGAGGAAGAGAAUUUGCCUCUGAACCAGUUAUACAUCGAGAAGCUGCAGCAACAACGAGACUUGCUCGACACGCUCAGUCAGAGGAAAGAAAAUCUCAUUGAACCAGACAUCACGAAGAACAUAAACGAGACGAUAAACGCUGUAGCAGAGAACAAAGAGGAAAAUCUUUUUGAACCUCAAUCAGAAGUGCGAGCUUCUGAUGAUACUCCACCAACGUCCAACGUUUCUCCAGUAUUGCAGUCCGAUAAGCAUCAAAUUCUCGUCGACGCUGAAGCGAACGCCAAUUCGGAUUGGCCUUGUCGAGAGAAAGAAAGUACAGAAGAGAUUGCAUUGCAGCAAGACAGUAAUGAUGUACUUGAUGGAUCGAAUCAUGUUUUUAAAGCCGUAAGUCAGGACAAAGUUCCUUUCCACAGUGAACGUAACGUGGAGCCUGACAGUAGUAUUACUCCUGAAGAAACUCAAGCGGAAAGUCAUUCCUCAGAUUGCGAACGUGACCGUGUGAAAAAUUCCAAUGAUGUUACUUCGCGUAACUUUGAUAUUAAAGUAUCCGUGCCCAAAACUUUAAUAAAAGAUGAUUUCAGUCUGGGAUUGUUGCAGAAAAAUAAAGAGACGGAAGACAGCACGGAAGUCGUAGGCACUGAUUUGGUCGAUUCUACAACAAACGCAUUUUCAACUCAAACUGAGAGAUUGGAAGAGAAGGAUAAGAAUUCUACAACAAACGUAUUUCCGGCUCACACCGAAAGAUUGGAAGAGAAGGAUGAAAAUUCACAAAGUACCUCGCAAGCUGAUAAUUCGACCAUGGAGAAAGACAAGAAGGAUGAGGAAGAUGAAGCGAAAGAUAAACGUACAGUGAACGCAAAUGAAAAGCAAGAGGCGAUCGAUAGCGCAAGUAAUACACCAUCUGCGCCGCAAUUGAUUACUGCGAACUCCGAUAUUACUGAGAACGAGCGAUCUAAUGACAGCGUUGAAUCUAACGACAAGAUAGCAAUAAUAGAUACAGAGUGUGACUCAAAUGUCUUGGAAAAAACAGAUACUAAACAGAAAAAACCACCAGAUACUGAAUCCGAGCAACUCUCGAACGACACGAUUGCUGUGAAACAAGAUUGUCAAAACGUCGAGAAUGCCACUAAAACCGCCAAAGAAGAGCAAAAUAAUCCCGAAAAUAAAUCCGGCACAUUUGAGAAAAUCCUGAAUAAUGAUCAAGGCAGUAGCAGUUCCGUUCCAGUUGAUCUAAUGAACGAAAGAUCAGAAGACGAAGUGUUCGUUGAACAAAUGCCCAGUUUGGAACACACGUCGACUUCUACCUUCUCGUCCAAUAAAGCAAGUAGACGUGCGUCGCAGAAGCUUCGUCGCAAACACGAUACUUCAACACCGAUUCGAAGAAGCACCAGAAACUCCAAUGAGAUCAAGUCUAGUAAGAUGAAUGAAACCGAUACUAAUUCAAGCAGCAGCGGACCUUCUUCACGAGAGACGAGCGUUUUUCACGAGAAUGAUUUAACAGCGCGAAGCAGAAGCAAAUCCCCAACGUGGACAAAGCGUGAUGAAAGAGUCGUAAAUAAUGUCAGGAAGAAUCGUGUUUCACAGAAAGUGCAAAAUACGAAUAGCCGGAAAGUUAGUACUGAAUCUGAAACGAAGAUCGAAAAUCAAGCUAAACAUCUCGAUACGAUUACAGAAUCUGUAGUUUUGAAGAACAGGAGUGUGGCGAAGAAGAGGAAACAGCACACAGAUUGGCAAAUGAAACACUGCAAAGUGAGAUUGAUCGACUGUAAAUCCAUUCUUUAUAAGUAUAUUAAUCCCAAAGUUCUGGACAGACUUGGAAUAAUUGUCAUCAAUCCUUCUGCACCGAGCGAUUCGUCGUGUAUGCAGCACACCACAUGCGAUCACAAUGCGGAAAUAAUUCCUACUGCAGCUUCGAGCAAAAGUUUCUUUGACCCGGCCAAAUCCUGCGAUAAAGAAAAAUUCGAGAUUGAAAUCUUAGAAGAGAAAUCAACCACGGAAAGUAGCGAGAAGGAUCUUGUUCAGGAACCUGUUUUACAUAUAGCAGAGAGCAACGAGGAUGAAUCUGCGAGAACGCAAUACACGGUCCAUAAAGGCCCUAUUUUGGACUUAAAGAUUUUUGAGAAUUCUUUCUUAGCAGCAAGCGAAGACGGCAAAAUAUAUAGAUAUAGUCAAAAGUCUAAUGGAAUAUUGAAUAUAUAUAAAGGUCACAAAUCUGCAGUUACGUGUCUAUAUAUCUACAAGUCGGAUGCAGGAGUUGAGAAAAAUCUUAUGUAUUCUGGUUCCUUAGAUGGCACAUUGCGUUGUUACAAAAUAACAACUGGCGCAUUAGUAGGAAAUCCGGCGCAAACAAAGAGUCCGAUUCAGUGUAUGGAUCAAGCAUGGGGUAUGAUCUUUAUUGGAACAAAAUCUGGACAUGUCUCGCGUUUCCAUAUCGAGGCUGGUGCUAUUAAAGAAGACAGUAUUCCGUUCUCGGAGAAAUCUGUACUUGCGCUUAAAGCGACGAACGAAGGCCCCAGAAGAAUUCUCAUUAUAGCAUCUCGAAAUCAACCGAUAAAUAUACGCGAUGCAUUGACCGGUUUGCUUCUUCGUAUGAUUAGUGCCCAGAAUAAUUCUACUGUUUACAGUUUAUUGCGACAUGAUAAUUUGAUCUAUUGUGGUACAAGCAGCACAUCUAUAAACGUUUUCGAUUUCACGACGGGUGAACAAGUAACUCAAUAUGAGGCUGGUGUUGGUAUUGUAUGUAUGCAGCUUUAUAAGCAACUACUCUUCGCGGGCUGUUACGACGGCAAUAUUUAUGUUUUUGACAUAAGUAAUCACAAAUUAACACAUAGCAUACGUGGUCCAGGGAAUAUGUUAUUGAGUAUAGAAGUUGUAAAUAAUAAGAUUAUAGCGGGAAGUAAAGACAAGCGUUUGCAUAUGUGGCAAAUGCCAACUCAAGUGCGUGCCUUACUUUGAACAAUGUCGUAGCAUGCUCAGGAAUUCUCUACUUUAAACAUAAUUAAUUAAGUGAUCAGUUAACAACUCACAAUUGAUCGGAUAAUAUUAUAUAAAUAUGUAGAGCGAGAACUUGUGACACUGAAGUUACGACUUAAUAAUAUACAUCCAUAUAUUUUCUAACUUUUUCACUAUAAAUAGUAUUAUAUUAUCAUUACAUUUUCCGCGAGUCGCUUUUAUUUAUAUCAUAUAUUUGAUAAGUACAUGCUAGAUAAAGCACAAGAUGCUAAAUAAAAUAAUUAUAGUUAUUACAGUACUAUAUGACAGUAUGUAAAAACUAUUUAUAGUGAAAAAGUA